AUGGGUAAGAGAAGCCACAACGCCGAGCCAACUGAGCUGCGGGAGAAGAAAAAGUCGAAAUCCGACAAGCACUCUGGAUCCACCAAAGAGAAGACCUCAGACAAGGAGAAUGGCAAUUCUGAGGAUCAGGCAGCUUACUCCCAGAGUAUUGCCCUCAGUGGCCUCCCUCAAUCCCAGAUUGACCAGUUCCUGGACAAGAAUGUCAUUAAGGUCACCGAUCCUUCGCCCGAGGGUGUGAAGUUCCGCCCGCUCAUUUCCUUCGACUAUCUGCCCCCCGGCGACGACAAUUUGUACGCCCCGUUGAAGUCGUUCCCUGCACCCACGCCGAUCCAAGCAGCUACCUGGCCUCUCUUGUUUGCAGGCCGUGAUGUAAUUGGCAUUGCAGAGACCGGCAGCGGCAAAACCUUGGCCUUUGGUUUGCCGUGCCUCAAGAAGCUGAUGGAAUCCAAGCGGAACAAGAAGCCUUCCCACCCGUCUACCGUCAUCAUUUCACCAACCCGUGAACUUGCUAUGCAAAUUUAUGACCAGCUCGUCAAGUUUGCCGACGUGGUGAAGGCCGGCGUGACUUGUGUCUAUGGUGGUGUGAGGAAGGACGAACAGCGUGAAGCGCUCAAGAAGGCCGUCAUCGUGGUCGCCACUCCUGGUCGCCUGAAGGAUCUCAUGAGCGAUGAAUCUGUCAACCUUUCGAAGGUGAAGUACCUCGUUCUGGAUGAGGCUGAUCGUAUGUUGGACAAGGGGUUCGAGCAAGAUAUCAAAGAAAUCAUCCGACCUAUGCCAGUCUCCAGGAGACAGACUGUCAUGUUCACCGCCACUUGGCCUCGCUCUGUCCGGGAUCUGGCUGCGGGUUUCAUGAAUUCCCCAGUGACCGUUACCAUUGGUGGAGACCCUUCUGCAGACCCUCGUGCGAAUACGAGAAUUAAGCAAGAGGUUGAAGUCAUGGACGGACGGGAGAAGGAGGGGAGACUCAUCCAGCUCCUGAAUCGGUCUCAAAGAGGUUCCAACAACCCCGAGAAGGUUUUGGUGUUUUGUCUAUAUAAGAAAGAGGCGAUUCGUGUGGAAAGGCUCAUCAAGAUGAAGGGUUUCAAGGUUGCUGGCAUCCACGGUGACCUGAACCAAGCGGAUCGAUUCCGCAACCUCGAAGCUUUCAAGAGCGGUACGGCGACAAUUUUGGUUGCUACCGAUGUAGCAGCCCGUGGCCUUGACAUUCCAGCUGUGAUGUUGGUGAUCAACGUCACCUUCCCCCUCACUGUGGAGGACUACGUGCACCGCAUUGGACGAACUGGCCGAGCUGGGGCCACGGGCCAUGCCAUCACCUUUUUUACGGAACAAGACAAGGCACUGUCCGGCGGAUUGAUUAACGUUCUCAAAGCUGCAAAGCAAAAUGUGCCAGAAGAUUUGUUGAAGUUUGGCACUACCGUCAAGAAGAAGCAGCACGACGCCUAUGGCGCGUUCUUUAAGGACGUCGACACGGACAAAAAGGCGACGAAGAUUACAUUCGACGAUUGA